CCUUAGGGUUAAAAGGAAGAAGGUAAUUCUUAAUAUCAUGCAAGAUCAAGUUCCUUGAGCCUAGCUUUCCGGCUCGCAAGCAGCGCCGGGACAGGCUAGAAGGCGAAUCCGAGACGUUACGUCGGCACAGGCGUGACUGCUCUAGAGGAUUUGGCGGGAUUUCCGAAAGCGGGCGGGCAGAUCGCGCGCUGCUUGGGGAGGCCGAGUGCUGAGGAGAACUGAGACGUGCUCCCGGCGCGUAGUUGGGAGCCGGAACUCGCCUGGGUUGUGUGCAGAAGGCUGGAACAAGGGAGCAGAGAAGUGAGGCGCAAGCAAGGGCGUCUGGAGUCGGUCCGGGGUUGGUAGCGCGCCGGCCCAGCGGACGGAGGUCGGAGCCCACAGCCCAGCCCGUUCCAGAUAGGAGCGCUGCAGGCUGAGUAUUGAACACUAAGUAAUGGCUAUGCAGAUGCAGCUUGAAGCAAAUGCAGAUACUUCCCUGGAAGAAGAGAGCUUUGGCCCACAACCUAUCUCAAGAUUAGAGCAAUGUGGCAUAAAUGCCAACGAUGUGAAGAAAUUGGAAGAAGCUGGAUUUCAUACUGUGGAGGCUGUUGCCUAUGCACCAAAGAAGGAGCUCAUAAAUAUUAAGGGGAUUAGUGAAGCCAAAGCUGAUAAAAUUCUAACUGAGGCAGCUAAAUUAGUUCCAAUGGGUUUCACCACUGCAACUGAGUUCCACCAAAGGAGAUCAGAGAUUAUACAGAUUACAACUGGCUCCAAAGAGCUUGACAAACUACUUCAAGGAGGAAUUGAGACUGGAUCCAUCACAGAGAUGUUUGGAGAAUUCCGAACUGGGAAGACCCAGAUCUGUCAUACAUUGGCUGUAACAUGCCAGCUUCCCAUUGACCGAGGUGGAGGUGAAGGAAAGGCCAUGUACAUUGACACCGAGGGUACCUUUAGGCCAGAACGACUACUAGCAGUGGCCGAGAGAUAUGGCCUCUCUGGCAGUGAUGUCCUAGAUAAUGUUGCAUAUGCUCGUGGAUUCAACACAGACCACCAGACCCAGCUACUUUAUCAAGCAUCAGCCAUGAUGGUAGAGUCCAGGUAUGCACUGCUAAUUGUAGACAGUGCCACCGCCCUCUACAGAACAGACUAUUCUGGUCGGGGCGAACUUUCAGCUAGGCAGAUGCACUUGGCCAGAUUUCUGCGGAUGCUUCUGCGACUCGCUGACGAGUUUGGUGUGGCAGUGGUAAUCACCAACCAGGUGGUAGCCCAAGUGGAUGGAGCAGCCAUGUUUGCUGCAGAUCCUAAAAAACCUAUUGGAGGAAAUAUCAUUGCUCAUGCCUCAACAACCAGACUGUACCUGAGGAAAGGAAGAGGGGAAACCAGAAUCUGCAAAAUCUACGACUCUCCUUGUCUUCCUGAAGCUGAAGCUAUCUUUGCCAUCAAUGCGGAUGGAGUGGGAGAUGCCAAAGACUGAACCAUUGGGCUUUUUCCUGUGAUAAACCUAAGUCCUGCAGCCUAAUGGAGAAGACUGCUCCCUAUGGUUCUUCGCAGGCCUCUUCCUGUUGUGAUGGCUAGAAAAAAACUUCCAGGAAAAACAGCUAUUGUAUCAACUUUUCUGAUGGUGUAAACAGGAGACAGGUCGGUAGUCACAAACUGAUCUGAAAUGUUUAUUCCUUCUAUAGUGUAUUAUUCUCUAUGUGAAUUCUUUGGUCGGAGGGGGCACGGGAUAUGGAAUACCUUUGACAUAGUGCCUUGAGGUUGACUCGGGACUAACAGCUGGAAAUCUUGUGUCUAAGAGAUCUAAAGCUGGAGAUACCUGACUUUUGUCUGAAUAAUGUUGAAAAAAAUGUCAGCUCUAUCAGUAAAACUGUCAGUUAGAGGCUUUUAAGUUUCUUUGCCUGGAUUAUCUUACGUAAGAAUUUGUUUUUAGUUAAGGGGUAUUUAGCAGACCUGUUGGGCCACCAGCCCUUCACCAUCUACUUGGUUUUUGUUUUUGUUUUUUUACUGCUAAGAGCAACUCAAGAUAAUUCUGGAAUCUUAAGCAUUUCAGAGGCUCUUUCAGUAGAUUCAGUGGGGGUCUGCUAAUAAAGUAAUUUGUGGUGAAUGUGCUUUUUAUAGGAAUUAUUCUGAUAUAGCUAAAGUAUUUCAAGAUAGGGCCGAUCAGUUUCUAUUGUUUUAAAAUUGAAAAUUUUAAAGUCCUACAUUCAGAUGAUUGAGCUUAUUGUCCUUCAGCCUAAUACAGAAUUACAAGGUGGCUAUACCGUGGCUUUCCUGUGGCCUUUAUUUUUAUUCUGUAAGUCUCAUGUUGUAGAGUUCUUCUGAUACUUGCCUGGAUUAUUCUACUUCAGGUGUUUGAGAUACUCUUCCCUUCAGACUCCUACUCAGGAUGGGUUUUAACCAGCUCUUUGAAUUUCCAAGGGCCUCUCAGCUAGUAUUGGGAGGAAAGGCAGUGAAAAUCUCUGUGGUUGCCUAUGUUGAUCCUAUUAUAUGUAGGGAGAUAAGAGGAUUCAGUUAAUGUAAUGCAGCUUUGUUUCGAAAGUUCUGUUCCCUAGCUUCAAAGAAUGGAGUCUAUCUCAGGUUGUUUUUUCAUUUCUAUACCACAAAACAAACCUGGGGUGGUAUAAUAAAGCCACAGUGACAGAUUCUGGAAUAAAAGUAUGGUCCCUGUAAAAAAGCAUCUUAGUCUUAUAGUAUUUAAAAUAUUUAUUUAAGUGCUUUUGCUCUUGAAAUUUGUCUGUUUUUCUUGUAGGUAGGAUUAGGCUUUGUGCUGCUGGUUUUAAGUGAACAUGAGAGGGUCAGGGAACACCUGCUUGGUUGGGCUAGGUCUUGUGAAGCUAAAAAUCAGCUCUCUGCCUAUAUUUUAUAUGUAACUAAAAUUUUCACUGAAAUAGCAUUAACCAAAGAGCUUAUUAUAAACUA